AUGGCUUUCGUAGGAACGCAGCUGAAGUGCAAGGUAUGCGACAAGACGGUGUACAUCAUGGACCAGGUGUGCGCCAAUGGCGUCGCGUAUCACAAAUCCUGCUUCAAGUGCAACCACUGCAAGGGCACGCUCAAAGUACAAUAUCACGCCUCUUGCCAUUUCUUCCUUCCCCUUUGACAUUUUAUCUCUUUGCUCUUCUCGUUAUUUCCAUGCAUAUAAAUUUAAUUUAUCGGAAGAGAGGAAGAUGGGGAAGUCGUUGGAUCCACUCUUAUCCGAUUCAUUUGAUUGCCUCAUUUGAUCAAUGAUUUAUGCUGGAUCUCUUAUUUAUUUUUCCCUGUACACUUGGGUUUUGAUUCAUCGGGUGAUCUUUCUUUUUCGGAAGAUCUGUUUGCAUAAUCAGGAGAAUUUCUUUUUAUAAUUUGAUUGUUUAAACCCAUUGUCUAUACCCUUUUCCCUUUAAUAUCGAGAAGGACUGACUUAGCCCAUCCCUCAUUCCCACUAGAUUGAAUAUAGUAAUUUAAAAAAAAGAAUGGGGUGUCUCUCCUUUCUAUUGCACCUGAGAAUAUUGAAAUCUAUAGUCUUUCCAUAAUCUAUGAGGCACCAUCAGGUAUCUUUCUCUAGCAGAUCAGUAUAAUGUUGUCUUACAUUUCUUAAUUUUUGUCAGUAUUCAUAUCAGAGAUCAUCCUUGGAUUGCUCUUCUGCUACAAUACUAUGAAAAUGCUUACACUUAUCCGAAACAAUUUGAGAUGUCCCAAUCAUUGAAUUAUUUCCUUGCGAUGAAUUUUUUCAGAGAUGAUUUCAUCUCACAAGAGUUACCAUCAGAAAGGUAGAAAGAUGUUGUGAUAUAAUGUAAAACGUCAGAAGCUGCAUAAGGCUAAUAUAUGAUGUUGUGAUAAAUUUUGGAGACCAAUAGAAACAUGAACCUAACCUGUGAUAUGUUGUUAAAAUCUAUGCAGCUGAGCAAUUUCUCCUCCAAGGAGGGUGUAUUGUAUUGCAAGCCUCAUUUUGAGCUGCUAUUCAAAGAGACGGGCAGCUACAACAAGAGCUUUCAGUCUCGUGAGACUAUUCUUUGUUCCACUUUCGGCUUUUAUGCAACCUUCCUUUAGAGUUUUCAGAUAAAAUAUUUGCUAAGUAUUUGCCCUUAUGCAGCUGUAAAGGCAGCUGUGAUGGGAGCUGAGAAGGUGACUCCAGCACUGGUAAAGUGGUUUUCCAAUUCCUAAGACAGAAGGUUUUAGAUUUUCCGUCGUUGGUCCAUUUUGCCCAUGAUUUUCUGUGUUCUUUUUUGUGUGUUCUGACAGGUAAGAACUCCUAGUAAAGCUGCCUCCAUGUUCUCAGGGACCCAGGAAAAGUGUGCCACUUGUGGAAAAACAGCGUAUCCCCUUGAAAAGGUACAUUAUUAGUGAAAAAAAAGCAGUUGUCUUUCUUUUUUCUUUUGUUAUGCAUGUUGCUUGGGGUUUAUUAUUGAUGAUUUACUCAACAUCUUUCUUAAUGCCGUUGCAUUUUCUCCAGUAAAGAAGAAAUAAGGAUGUGAUAACAGAAAAUUGAUGUGAUAUUAUAUUAAAAUAAUUAGAAAAUCGCUUCCAUGAGCUUGAUAUUAAAAUAUUUGAAGCAUCACCUUCUUACAUGUAUGAAGAUGUAUUGACACCGGAGUAACAUGAGAUGUGAGCGAUAUUCAAGCCUAUGUGGAACCCUACUGGUAAAAACAUCCUCUCUGACGUGGUACUAGGAGCUUGAAAUAUAACCUCAACAGAUUUGCUCAUAAGCAGCCUCCUCCUUGUAUAUUAAGUAGGAUCAAUUUAUUCAUGGCACGGUUUGAUGGAACACUAUCUAAUGUAUUAACAAGAGCGUGAGCUUGAUUUGAAAGCUGAAGAAUGAACAAUGCUCUUGAAAUUCUCAGAUGGUCAAGUAGAUGCCCUUCUUAGCCUCGGAAAAUCUUAGAGAAUUAAGUUGAACAACUACCUCAUAUAGCACCGUGGGCACAUAGUUGAGAUGGGGGUUUGGGUUAUAAAAUCUAAAUUAGCUAUUUUACAUAUUCGUCUAGAUUCACAUAUCGUGCAUAUGAUGAAGAUUAUUAGCUCCCACUUCAAGGAUAUCUCCACCGACGAAUUUGCUAGAAGUGAAUCAUCUUGAAUGGGAUCUUCCUAGUUGUUAUAAAGCAGGGUUGUAAUUCGAACAGCAUCCUUAUCCUUGAAGAGUUAGCUAAAUGGAUGGCGCAUGUCUUAUCGCUUAGCUACAGAUUUCUAGAGCAUUUAUCAUCUCUUUUACAAGUGGUCGGCCUGCAUGAUCUGGUCAUACCUUUUGCCGUCUCCCUGGAAACUAACCAUUAAGAAAAGCCCAUUAGGUUUUGUCCGACGCCCCUGAGAACCGGCACAGAUGCAAGCUAGCCGAUGACUUGAUGUUCUGGAGGACAUUCCUUCCUGCAUAGUUUGGGAGGUUUAUAUUGUCCGGCCCAUAUAUGCGUGGACAUUCUCUUCUGAAGUAGCCUUCAUCGGUCGUUGGAAUGAACAUUCGCCCGUCUAUUCAUCUUGUCCGGGGGUCAUAAUGGCUCAGUAGCGUCGCUUCACAUUUCCGCUUUCAUUCUAUUGAGAUUGAGUCAUGAUAAUCAACUCGGUGCAAUCUUGUAGCCGAAAAGGGGGACAAGUGGCGGACGGAGGAGGAACGUGUAAGAUGGAGGGGAAGGAGAGGGAAGGAAGAAGAAAGAAAAUGAGAGAAGAGAGAAGAAAAAGGAUGAGGAGGAUGAAGGGGCACAUGGGAGGAGAGCAAUUGGACGGAGAAUGAAGGAAGAAGAGGCGGAAGAGGACGCAAGAAGAGAGGAUGGAGGUCUGUCUCUGUAAUUUUCUCAGAACCGAUUAUGAACGCUUUAAUAGAUUAUACCAACCUACCUGCUACUACGAAUGCCCGAGAGGGGAGACACCGAAUGAAAUCGACAGUCGUUUUGAGCUUCAUACCCACCCAUCACACCCACUGGAGACCUGCUCUGCAUAAAUGAUCGCCCAUUUAUCUCCCUUUAGGAACCGGCUGCGGCUCUCACGUCGGCUGCUUAUCUCUGGCUGUGGUGGUCAGGUGACCGUUGAAGGGCGGACCUACCACAGGUCCUGCUUCAAGUGCUUCCACGGGGGCUGCUCGAUCACGCCGUCCAACUACGCCGCUCUGGAGGGCAUCCUCUACUGCAAGCCCCACUUCUCCCAGCUCUUCAAGGAAAAGGGGAGCUACAAUCACCUCAUCAAGUGCGCCUCCGUCAAGCGCCCGGCGGCGCCGCCACCACCGGAGGCCUAA